UCCGGAUCCAUUUUCCCCUGACACCGGUUUCGAUUUGCAAACACUGUCACAGUCAUAAAUAGUUUGCUAUUUGCCAGUAGCAUAAUUGUUAACAAUUGUCAUGUGAUGAGUGACCAAACAUUCUAUUCAUAUUUUACAGAUACAGUUACGUCAGACUAUAUCGGUUCAGUGUUUCAGCAAGUGAAAAUCGAAAUUCUAUCCUGGUUAAAAAUUGAUGUUGGAGAUGUGCAAAGCACCAUACUGCUCUUUUUAUUAGCCUGGUUAUUGGUCAACAUUAUCCUUAUAAAGAUUGCAUGGUCAUUGUAUGGGCAGCACAUUUGUGAAAAGUUUUUAAGACAGGGUUAAUUUAUUUGGGACUACAGUAAGGCCUGACCUACACUUAAAAAGGGAAUAAAGCCAAACACCAAGAUGUCGGCAAUAAAGAAGUUUUUUCAGAAGAAGAAGAUGGACUUUAAGUUUAAAAAGUACGGUGAGGGACAUAAAUUAGAUGAGCCCGCACAAAGACCCCCUCCCAUACACAGACCUAUACCACAACCAGGAACCAGUAGUCAACCAUCAAUUUCUCCCAGGGGAGAUGCUGCUGUGUCAGAGGAGAAGAAACGGGCAGCGGCUGCAGCACUGGCAAGAAUGGAACAGAAAGAGAAACAAUCUAAACAAGAUGAAAACAUUAUGUCAAUGAAAGCUAGAAUGAGAAGAGAGAUGGAGGCAGAAAAAAAGGCCACAGAAAAAAUGAUAUCACAAGCCCAAGCCAUGCAAGGACCAGUUGAAAUAGAAAAAGAUCAUUCUCCUGUGAUACGUCAUGUUUUAUAUACCUGUCCCGAUAUUGGGCCAGCAGUACUUCCAAAGGACGAAAUAGAUGCUUAUAUUCAUGAAUUCCUUCUUACUCAGCUUGCUGAAGAACCAGAAAUGUCCUCUGCAGUUAUGAUUCAAACUUUAAAUAAAGACAAAGAAAAAGUAAAAAUCUGUGUAGAAACUUUAAUUAAAUAUUUAGACAAUAUAACAAAUAAUCCUGGUGAAGAAAAAUAUAGAAAAAUAAGGAUGUCAAAUAAAGCAUUUAAAGAAAGGGUAUCUCAGUUAAAUGGAACAGAUGAAUUCUUACAAGCUUGUGGAUUUGAAAUUAAACAGCUACCAUUUGAAGAUAAAGAAGAAAACUUCUAUGUAAUGUCGGGGGAAAUUGCAGAGAAUGUUGAGAGGCUUAAUGGAAUAAAAGAAGUUUUAAGUGCAGCUGAACCAAUACAAUGUCAACUUGAUCGUGCUUUAAAAGUUUUUCAUCAAUCUUCGGGUUCAUCCAAAUUUGACAUUCCUGAAGAAUUUUACGCUAUAAAUCCAGAAGAGCUUAAAAAAGAACAACAAAGAAGGCAAGAAGCUGUCGAAAAACUGGGCAUGCUACGUACCAAGGCAAUGCGUGAAAGGGAUGAAAUGAAGGAACUACGUAAAUAUCGUUUCACUCUUGUACGAGUUAGAUUACCAGAUGGUAUUCUUAUUCAAGGAAUAUUCAAAGCUAAUGAAAAAUUAUCUUGUUUGUAUGAUUUUAUAAGAUCAUCAUUAGAGAAUGACUGGAUGCCAUUUAUUUUACAAACCAGCAAUGGCAGUAAGUUAACAGAAGAGACAAAAACUAUGGCUGAGCUUGGUUUAUGUCCUGCAGUUGUGUUGCAUUUUGUAUGGGAUGAAUCUGUAAUGAAGGAUGUGCAUGCAGCACAAGGAGGAGGAGCUACAAGUUCUAUUCUUAAACCAGAUAUCAUGGCUCAAAUUCAGUCAUUAUAAAAAAGCAGCAAGAAAUUUCUCUUUUAAAUUGCAUAAUUAUCAUAUAUAUAUUAUUCAGCCUUUUUAAUAUUACAAAUUUACAACAAUAUUUGAGGGAUUAUUAAAACAUUUAUUAUACAUAUUAAUUCCAAUUUUUUUUGUGACAUACCAGUAGUCAAACCAGCUAAAAAUUCACUUGUCCUGCACAGUCACUGUGGUCACAUUCUUCUUGUCUUGUUGUAGAAUAUUAUAUUAUAUAUUUUGAACCUCUCUCUUAUAUAAGGUCAGUUUUCUCUGUUUCCAUGGUUAACUUUUAUGUGCCAGUUUGACUGUACUUGAUAAUCAAUAUUGGCAUUCCAUUUUGUUCCUUGAAAAAUAUUGGUCUUCAGACAAGAAGUCAAAAAAGAUUUUGGUGCAUACUGAUUCAUUCAAAAUGUUUACAUGAUUUUGGCAUAACUUAAGAUUAAUAAGAAUAUCACAUUCUGAAAGCAAUGGCUUUCAGUGUACAAUAUUUCAUAUGUGAAAUCAAAGAAAUUUGUUUUAGAGGUACAAUGUACAUGUAUAGAUCUAGAAGGACCCUUAUCUAGACUUUUCAGGUUAAAAUCUUUAUUUCGGGGGGAUUUAAUGAUUCAAACCUAUAUUGAAUAAUUUUUUUUAGAUCAGGGAGCUCGAGAGAAUGCUUUAUUUUUCUAAAAAUAGGGAUUUAUUGUUUUUUUGUUGUUGGUAAUUUGGGCUGAUACCCCCUCCUUUUUAACUCACCUGGCAUAGCCAUGUGAGCUUAUGCCAUCACUUGGCGUCCGUUGUUGUUCGUCGUCGUCGUCUGUCGUCGUAAACUAUUUCAAGAAUCUUCUCCUCUGAAACCACUAGGCCAAAUACUUCCAAACUUUAACUGAAUGUUCCUUAUGGUAUCUACUUUAUAAAUUGUAUCCGAAGUUUUGAUCUAUCAACAAACAUGGUCGCCAUUGCUAAAAAUAGAACAUAGGGGUCAAAUGCAGUUGUUGGCUUAUAUCUCAAAAACGAAAGCAUUUAGAACAAAUCUGACUGGGUUAAAAUGUUCAUUAGGUAAAGAUCUAUCAGCCCUGAAAUUUUCAGAUGAAUCAAACAACCCAUUGUUGGGUUGCUGCCACUUAAUUGGUAAUUUUAAGGAAAUUUUGCAGUUUUUGGUCAUUAUCUUGAAUAUUAUUAUAGAUAAAGAUAAACUGUAAACAGCAAAAAUGAUCAGCAAAGUAAGAUCUACAAAUAAGUUAAUAUGAUCAAAAUUGUCAAUUGACCCUUUAAGGGGUUAUUGUCCUUUAUUGACAAUUUUUCACAAUUUGUUUAUCAUAUUUGCUAACUUUAAAAAAUCUUCUCCUCUAAAACUACUCAACCAAAUUCAACCAAACUUCAACUGAAUGAUCAGUAGGGUGUAUAAAAUAAACUUUUUUUUUUUUUUUUAUUUCGUCAAAAAACAUGGCCAUCAUGGCUAAAAAAAGAACACAGGUUAAAAUGCAGUUUUUGGCUUAUAUCUCAAAAACUCCAGUAUUUAGAGCAAAUAAGACAAGAAGUUAAAGUAUUUAUUAGGUCAAGGUCUACCUGUCCUGAAAUUUUCAGCCGAAAUGGGUAGCUGGUUUUUCAGGUAUAAUGCCCCUAAAUUGAUGAUUUUAAAGAAAUUUUGCAGUUUUUGGUUAUUAUCUUGAAUAUUAUUAUAGAUACAGAUAAACUGUUAAUAGCAAAAAUGUAAAGCAAAGUAAGAUCUACAAAUAAGUCAAUUUGACCAAAAUUGUCAAUUGACCCCUUAAGGAGUUAUUGCCCUUUAAAGACUUUUUUCACAAUUUGUUCAUCUUUUUGACUAACUUUAAAAAAUCUUCUCCUUUGAAACUGCUGUAUCAAUUUUAGCCAAACUUAGGCUAAAUGAGUUUCAGAGUAUCUAGUAUAAAUUUUAUAUUUUAUUUCCUUGUAUGUCAAGAAACAUAGCUCCUAUGACUAAAAUAGAACAUAGGAGAAAAUGAUUUUUAUUUAUUUUUUGCUUUUGAAGAAAAUAGGGUGAUCCAAAGAACAUUUAAAUAAAUUGAAAAGCCAAAAUAAUCAUUGAUGAGAGAUUGAACCAAAAAAAUUAAGGUGAGUGAUUCAGGCUCUUGAGAGCCUCUUGUUCCGUUUAAAAAUCUAUAAAAUGGCAUGAUAAUCUGAACUGAAAUUGAGUAUUUUUUCCUAUUAACUUGACAUAUCUCUUAUUUCCUAUUAACUUGUUAUAUCUCUUACAAACAAUCUUCAGUGCUACAAUGUACAACAGAUCCAAAUAAACAGAUUUCAUUCAAACCUGCCUUGUAGUAUAUUCUGGAUGGAAAGUAAUACACUUCCCUGUUAACAUAAAGUACUUUAAACAGAGUAUUAUUUGAAUAUAAGAGUUAAAGAAUUCUAGAAAAUGGAAUGGUUCAGAUCAUAGUAUGUACAUGUAGUUUAUCAAGUUUCCAUCCAAUAUUUAACACUUUUCGUGAUUGUUACUAUUUAACAAGAGUCUCAUUUCCAUAUGACAUGUAGUUUUUUUUAACCUUAUGAGUAGAAUACAAAGAAGUAUAUAAUGUAAUAAA